UCACCAACACUGUUUCCAUUAAGAAGCCUUCGCUUCGAGAAUUUUAAUUUAACGCGAGAAAAACCCGUGAAAAGUCCAGGGAAAAGCCUAGAAAAGCAACAUGGACUUCCUCUACAACGCCAGCGUGCAACGCGAAGACAAUGAACGUAUCAAUUUCUACAACAUGGACAAGUUUUUCGUUCCCUAUGAGGGCACAUCACCUCUGCCGCCGAAGUGUGCUCCGCUGACGGUGUCCGUGUGGUCGCCGCUGUUCAUGCUGUCGCCACCAAUGCGGCAGCAGCAGCAGCAGCAGCCUUCGAUACAACAACAAAUGUCCAAUUAUUGGCUAGAUAUUGAUGAUGCCAGUUUCAGAUAUAUGAUGACUAUGGACAUAACCAAAACCGAACCCGGACUCGUCGGGCUUUCCUCUAACCAACAGCAGCAGCAAUCCCAGCAGCAGCAGCAGCAGAACGCCGGUAUGAACAGCCAGAACAACGGACCCAAUCCCAAUAGCAAUGGGAACAACAAUAACAACGGCCAUGGCGGCGUUGUUAACGUGGUCAACUCUGGCGGAGGCGGCGGUGGCGGUGGCGGCGGCAAUGGCAAUGGCAAUGUCCAGAGCAUAGCCGCUGCUGCCAACAACAAUAAUAAUAAUAACAACAAUGGCAGCCAACUUUGCGCCGGCUGCGGCAAGCACAUCCAGGAUCGGUAUCUCCUCCGAGCCCUGGACAUGCUGUGGCACGAGGAUUGCCUCAAGUGUGGCUGCUGUGACUGUCGCCUGGGCGAGGUGGGAUCCACGCUGUACACCAAGGGUAACCUGAUGCUCUGCAAGAGGGAUUACUUGAGAUUAUUUGGAAAUACAGGCUACUGUGCUGCCUGCAGCAAGGUGAUCCCUGCCUUUGAGAUGGUAAUGCGUGCCCGCACCAAUGUCUAUCAUCUGGAAUGUUUCGCCUGUCAGCAAUGUAACCACAGAUUCUGUGUGGGUGACCGCUUCUACCUGUGCGAGAACAAGAUACUCUGCGAGUAUGACUACGAGGAGCGGCUGGUCUUCGCCUCGAUGGCCAAUCAUCCGAUGCUCAAGCGCCAUGUCUCCUCGCUGGGCCAGGGUUCGCCCACGGGUGCGGCUGGUGGACAAAAUGCUGCCGGCGGUCUUUUGGGCGGUGGUCCUGGCACCAAUGUCAAUGGCGUGGGCGUUGGCGUCAAUGUGGGCAUGGUCAAUGGUCCACGCACGCCCGGUGAUCACAAUAAUAACAAUGGUCCGCAGACACCAACUGGCGGCGGUUCACCAUUUGCCGCUGCAGCCGCCGCAGCUGCCGCCGCUGCUCACAUGAAGAAUCAACUGGGUGCGUCCAGCUAAAAUAAAGCCCUGGGCAUGGG